UAUUUAGCAGGCGGGUUUGCGAUGUUGUGAGGUGAAAAGGGACAGCAAGCGUCCGUGUCCGCAAGGGAAGGGCGAGGCUUGUUUCCUAGGGUUUCGUCUUCUCGCUCUCGAUCUCAGUAUCAUGUCUAGGAAGCGGAAAACAGAGGCGACGCGGCUCGACGAGGUGGAUCGGACGAUGUAUUCCACCUUCUGCAGCGCUGCCAAUUCGCUCUCGCAGCUGUACACGCAAGCCAUGAACCAGCAGAAAGUCUCCUUCCAGGCCGGCGAGCGCCAUGCCCUGGAAAAGCUUUAUCAAUGGAUGAUGAGGAAGCACGAGGAAGAGUCAAGGAUUACUGUAGCGGAUAUAGUUGCCCACAUUCAGAACGAAAUGGAUUAUGCUGUUGAUGAUGCAGUCGGCUCAAGAUCAUCCUUGCAACACCAGUAUCAAACAACAAUGCAGAUGACAAACUCAACCAUCCAGCAUCCAACCUCUUUGUUUGGUCAGCCAGCUGCUGGACUUGCUCCUCGAAGCACACAUUCAGAUCAAUCAAAAAACUCAGUCUUCUCAAAUGCUCUUUCCAGCCCUGUACGGAGGAGCCUUCAGCCAUUUCACAUUGAUCAGGGGGGAUUCUAUAACAAUGAUGGCCUACCAACUGGCAACACUGAAUCAAGAAACAGCGACCCUAGCCAAAACCGUGAAGCUAAUUCGCUUAGUUCAAACUAUUCAUCCAUGGACAUUCACACGGACAGCCCACCUCGUGGAUCUUUCUGAGCCAUGAAUACUUUGAUGGCAAAACUCAUGCGGCCUUGGUCCUCUGUUCUGCAAAUUCAACUGAUGAUAUGCAGUGAACUCCGAUUAUUCUUUCUUGGCAAUGCGUGUGGCAUACAAUGGUAGUCAAAUACGAUAUGGCUGCAUUAUGUUUCAUACUAUUUUGUUUAGAGUUGAAUGAAUGGUUUGCAAGCACUUGUGUGAAAUUUGUUCCUUAGUCCUGGUAAUUCUUUAUAUAGUUUAUUCAUGAAUGUAAAAGGUUUAUUUUGUGGUAA